UUUUGUUCACACUUUUUAUUUAUUUAUCUAAUUUAAUUUUUUGUUUAUUAAUAAUUCAAUUUGCACGAAUUCAUAUUUUCCUUUAUUUUAAUGGUAAAAAACUACACUUCUUUCUUUCAAUUUUGUAAACGAAUUUUCGUCAUUUCGAGUCGAUUUAUUUUGACGAAAAACAGCCUUUAAAAAAUGUUUUAGUUAAUUUCUUUCUAUUUCCUUUUUUAACGUUUUUGAAAAUAUAUUUGAGCACAAAACACACUACUGUCACAUUUUUGAAAGUAAGUCAGAGUCUUUGAAUUUUGAAUGAACCGAAUCACAGAGUUCCGUCCUUUCGAUUUUCACUCGAAAAGGAACGCUCAACAACUGACCCUCGACGUCGAAGGCAGUCGAAGGGCAAUUUGAAAAAUCCCAACUCGAUUCAAAGUGGCGCCAUCGUGAGCGGCAAGUAUUAGCCGAAAAAUUUGAAACGAAACGCUUUCUAAAUUGCGCGCGCGCGUUACGGUGUGAAGAAAUUUUUCGAUGUUUAUUGUUUAAAGAGAGAAGAGGAAGUAAACGGGAAUAGUUUUUCAAGUUUGAAAACGAAGAGUAUGGUACUGCCUCGGAAUAAAAACAACAAUGCACCGACGACUUGGGGGCCCUCAAUAAUUGAAGCAGCAGCCAGAACGUGUGGACUAUGUUGGUCGGACCCCAAACCCGGACCCAUGCGAGCGUAGCCAAGCCUGUCUCCUCUUAUUAUUCGAGCGUGUUAUCAUUAUGUUACACACUGUGUUUCACGUGCCCGAUGUUAUAAAGGUUCGAAGACUAUUGCGAGUCAGCACUUCUUGACUUGUUCGUUCUUCGCGAGGAAGGUGUAUGAGGAUGUAAGCCAAUGAUGCGAGGAGAGCCCUUCCCUCACAAAAUGCGUAUAAUAUACCACAGAGAGACGUCUUAUACAUAUAAAGAUGAGACAAGGAGCAACGAGCAACGAGCGCAGCAGAGUCUGAAACACAAAUGAGAAGGUGCUGGCCUUAGUGAACAAUUGGGACGAUUCGGACAUUAUAAUUCAGUGGCUUCCGCCUUGCUUUGUUAAUCUGCUUAGCAUAAGUUGUUUCGUACCUGCCUCUAUCAACAGAAAAAGAAUAGAACUAAUUUUGACAAAAAUGAAGGAUGAUUGGCUAUUUUGUGAAUCGGAUGCUGAGUUUGAAAUUUUAAAGGAUAACGGAGCUCUAGCAAAGACUGUAAACAAUACAAUUUACGUUUUCUUUUAUGUGGCCAUGCUGGAGUUCCUUACGGUACCACUAAUUCCAAGUAUUUUGGAUGCAAUAAAACCACUAAAUGAAUCACGGCCAAGAAGGCUCAUUAUCAUAACCGAUUAUUUAGUGGAUUCAAAUGAGGAUAAAUAUUAUGCAGCAAUAGCGGCUCAUCAUUGGCACGUAUCUAUUGUUACAAUCACUCUUAUUUUGACUGUUGACGGAAUAUUUAGAGCUUUCAUUUAUCAUGCCGCUGGACAACUGGAAAUAUUAGGAUUCAAAAUGAGAACUCUUGUAAAUAUAGAUUACAGCAUGGAUAUUACUGACGAGAAAAAUGUACAGAAAAAAAUUAAAUUCUGCGUGGAAAAGCACAAAUCGGUUUUAAUGUUUAUAAAUCAAAUUAAUGAUUGCUUUUCCACAUCGUAUUUUAUGGGCUUGGGAUUUAAUAUGAUAAUGAUAAGCUUCACAGGUGUGCAGUUAAUCAUGAAAUUGGAUGAUCCAAGUGAAACGUUUGCCAUCUUGUCAUAUACUUUGAGUCAAGUUCUUCGAUUAUUUAGUUUAACAUUGCCAUGUCAACGUUUAAUGGAUAAGAGCAUACAACUCUCACAAAAUAUUUAUGAUAGCUACUGGUACAAUUUAACUCCAAGUUCAAAAGAUAUGUUAAAAAUAAUAAUGCUGAGAUGCAUAAAGCCUAGUACUUUCACAGCAGGAAAAUUGUACGUUUUCUCCAUGAGUAAUUUCGGUUCGGCAAGUAUAAUUUACAACUCAAUAAAUAUAGGCUUUUCAGUUAUGCGGCUAUGGUUGAAUUCAUGUCCUAUGCCACUUAUUCCAAUUUUUUUGGAUGUAAUAAAACCAUUAAAUGAAACACGACCAAGAAAGCAAAUUCAUGUUGCGGAUUAUUUGGUAGAUACCACUGAUGGUCAGUAUUAUGCAGCAAUAGCAACACAUCAGUGGCAUGUUACAAUUGUAUUAACGACAGUCAUCCUGACAGCUGAUGGAAUUUUUAUAGUCUGCGUCUAUCAUGCUUGUUGCCAAUUGGAAAUAUUAGGGUUUGUACAUUUAAUUAAAGAUUGCUUUUCAUUUUCAUACUUUUUGAGUUUGGGAAUAAGUAUGAUAUCAUUAAGUUUGACAGGACUUCAGUUGAUCAUUUCAUUGGAUCAUCCUCGUGAUGUUUCGGAAAUUUUAUUGUUUUCUUUGACGCAAAUUCUUCGUUUGUUUAUGAUAACAUUGCCAAGUCAACGUCUGAUUGAUCAGAGUACUCAACUUUCACAAAACGAUGGACUUUGGUAUAAAAUGUCAUCGAGAACACAGAAAAUGUUAAUCAUGAUAAUAAUGCGGUCGGCAAUUCCCUGCACUUUUACUGCUGGAAAAAUUUAUACUUUUUCAAUGGAAAAUUUUUGUUCUAUUAUUAAAACAUCCGUUUCUUACUUAACUGUUUUGGCAUCAGUUCGAGCGUAAAUAAAAAAUUUCUAUUUUGCAUAUAUAUACGGAAAUCGAAAGACAGGAAGAGAAAUUCUAUAUGAAAAAUUAUUCUAUACAUGUACUUUUAUUGAGGAACAAAUGGAAAUUGUUAAAAUCCGAAAAUUUUUACUUUAGUAUUUUUUUUUAUUAAAUUUUCACUGUAAUAACA